UGCCCGAGAGGGUCUGGCCAGGGGACUCUAUGCCGGAGUUUCCGCGCCCUUGGUUGGUGUCACGCCGAUGUGUGAGUAUCCUCCCUUCCCUUGUAGCUCUCUAAACACACGUUAGCUAACUGAUCUCUUGAAGUCGCGGUUAGCUUCUGGGUAGGUCAUGCAGCUGCAGCUCUAUCGCUAUGAGCGACUAUUAACCGCACACAGGGCUAUGACUUGGGCAAGACGAUCGUCAGCAAUAUGUCUGAAGUUCCCGUCAAGAACGGCACUCCCCAGUACUCAAUUGGCCAGAUCUCGGCGGCAGGUUUCUUCUCCGCGAUUCCAAUGACCCUGAUCACGGCACCUUUCGAGCGAGUCAAGGUUCUGCUUCAGAUCCAGGGCCAGAACCCACCACCUCCAGGCCAGAAGCCGAAAUACUCUGGCGGUGUGGAUGUGGUUCGACAGCUAUACAAAGAAGGCGGCAUUCGCAGUGUCUUCCGUGGAAGCGCAAUGACUCUCGCACGUGAUGGUCCUGGAUCCGCUGCGUACUUCGCCGCCUACGAAUACAUCAAGCGCAGACUCACUCCCAAGGAUGCAGAAGGCAACGUUACCGGUGAACUCUCCCUGCCCGCCGUGUUGACUGCUGGUGGUGCUGCCGGUAUUGCCAUGUGGAUUCCUGUCUUCCCCGUCGACACCAUCAAGUCUCAAAUGCAGAGUGCGGAGGGCCGGCCGACGAUCGGAGGCACUAUCCGGUCCAUCUACGGUAACGGCGGUUUCAAGGCCUUCUUCCCUGGAUUUGGACCAGCUCUUGCUCGAGCGGUGCCCGCGAACGCCGCCACAUUGUGAGUUGCCUUUCUGUGAUUUUUGUGCUACUCGAAACUAACUAUCAACAGCUUGGGAGUCGAAGUAGCGCACA